CAUGACAAGAGUCUAAUGAGAAAAGAUUCUCUAUUUUUCUUUUAUACAUCUGAAGGUUGCAGACCUUGCUUUUUUUUUUCUGCUUACACUGGGUUUUUGGGUCCACUCUUUUUCUUGUCCUUUGUUUCUAAGGUUACUAGUGUCGGGAUGAACACCCAGUGGAGGAUGCCGAUGGCUUCUAUUCCACUAUAUACUGGUAAAGAGACACCAUUGCAGGUGUACCUGAACCGAGUUGUAACUGUAUUUGGCCUAGUCAGUAUCUCGGUUGCUUUGGUUGUUUCUCUUAUCGUGUCAUUCCUAUACUUCAUGGGACGAAAUAAAGAUGUUAGUCCGAUGUUUGAUGCUGGGAAAACUACGUUAGAUGAAAAAAUAGACAUGGUGAUUAAAUUUAUAAUUUUGGGGGUUACCAUUGUAGUCGCAGCAGUGCCUGAAGGACUGCCACUAGCUGUUACCUUGAACAUUGCCCAUAUGUCGAGAAAACUUGGAGGAGAGAUAGCUUUGGUACAAAAGCUCUCUGCCUGUGAAGCGAUGGGGUCUGCAACAACUGUUGUAUGCCACAAAACCGGGAUUUUAACCUUAAAUCAGAUGGAGGUUGUUGAUGUUUGUGCCGGGGGAUUAGGAACGCAGAAUUUGGAUACUAUGGCUGAGUUGUCUCCCCUUCUGAUCUCGUUGAUCACCGAAGGAAUUGCCCUGAACACGAAUGGGAGUGUAUAUCAUCCUGAGGGAUGGCCUGAACCAGAGGUCUUUGGAUCAGCAACAGAACGUGCCAUUCUUAAAUUCGGUGUCAAGUUGGGGAUGAAUUUUGAUGAAGUGAAGUCAAGAUCAACAAUUUUUCGCAUUUCGCCUUUCAAUUCAAGCAGAAAACGUAGAGGUGUUGCAGUCCAAUUGCAUGAUUCUCAAGCCCGUGUUCAUUGGAAAGGUGCUGCCAAGACUAUUCUAGCUUCUUGCCAGUCGUAUAUGGACAAGGACAAGAUAGCAUCUAUGGACCAAGAAAAAAUAUUUCAUUUUGAAAAAACCAUUGAUGACAUGGCCAAAAAAGGAUUGCGCUGUGCUGCCCUUGCCUACCGAACUUAUCCUGAAGAAGAUAUUCUUAGGGACGAAGCAUUCCCAUACAUACAUGAAAGCAACCUCGUGCUAUCGGCUAUCAUUGGUAUAAAGGAUUCUUGCCGGCCAGGCAUAAGACAGGCAAUCCAAGAAUGUCGUAAUGCUGGAGUAAAGGUGUGCAUGGUGACAGGCGACGACCUUCUGACUGCCAAAGCAAUAGCGACUGAGUGCGGGAUACUGACAGACGAGCCUGCGGAUACAGCAAUAUUAGCAAAGGACUUUGCUUCCAUGUCCGAAGCACAAAGAGAAAAAAUCGCUGAAAAUAUUGUAGUGAUGGGUCGAUCUUCUCCUGAUGUAAACCUUCUUCUACUUGAAGCACUGAGUAAGAAGGGACAGGUGGUUGCAGCAACUGGAAAGGGAAUCCGCGAUGCUCCGAGUCUGCGCCAGGCGGAUAUCAGUCUUGCGAUGGGCAUUGGAGGGACUUCAAUUGUUAAAGAAUGCUCUGAUAUCAUUGUGUUGGAUGACAGUUUUGCUUCGAUUCUCACGGUCAUCCAAUGGGGACGAUCUUUAUAUACAAAUGUUCAAAGGUUUGUCCAGUUCCGGCUAACAGUCAGCGCAUCAGCUCUAAUCAUCUGUGUUGUUGUGGCGAUUCAUUCUCAUGAAAUUCCCCUAAAUGUUGCGCAGCUUCUAUGGAUUAAUCUUCUCGUUUGUACUUUUGGAGCAUGGGCCUUGGCAUCAGAACCACCAAUUGACAACUUAAUGCGAAGGCCUCCGAUUCGUAAAGGAGAACCCUUUAUAACCAAACUCAUGAGGGCGAAGUUCAUUCUACAGGUUGCUUACCAAGUGACUGCAUUGCUUUGCAUAAACUUUCUUGAGAGUAUACUGAAACUGGAGAACAAAAGUCUAGAUGAUGCUAACAAAGUCAAGAACACAGUUAUAUUCAAUUGCUUUGUCUUCUGCCAAGUAUUUAACGAGAUUGAAUGCCGAACUCCAUACCAAGGAAACAUAUACAGAGGGAUCCUAAAGAACCAUUUGUUCCUUGGAACAAUUGCUAUAACUGUUAUUCUUCAGGUAAUCGUGAUAGAAUGCUUCGGCAUAUUCUUUUCCACAGUCAGGCUUAACCGGAAGCAGUGGCUGAUCUCCAUUGGAAUCGGUCUUUUCAGUCAAGUCGCUAAUCGCUUUCCUUUCCAAGCUUUUCCUUAUCUUCGGAACUAAGAUUCUUCUUAAACAUAUAGUGUUUGGAUACUUCUCUCGACUGGUGAUACUUUCAAAUCAGCGAUCUAAAUAGUAGUUUUUCGAUUUUGUAAAAUAGUCAAAAAAAAAAAAAAGACAGAGGUGCAUUUGUGUUACAAGACGUUUCCAAAUAUAUAAUCUUCAUUUGUGUUA